AUGGAACCGACAAACAUCUUCCGUGCCGUUCUUUUAGGAAACUGGAUAGUUUUCCUCUGGGAUCUUUAUCUGAGUUGGCGCCAGUACAAAGUUCACGAGAGAAACGCUCGUCGUCCUAAUGAAGUUGCUGAUUUGAUAACUGAGGAGGACUAUAACAAAGCUCGUUCUUACAAACUGGACAAACAUAGAUUCAGUUUUGCCCAAGGCAUUUAUGGACAAUUGCUGACAACUGUCGUAUUAUGCUAUCAGUUUUUACCCAAGUUGUGGUAUCUAUGUGAUGGUUUACCUCUUCAGUCCGUUGCCUUCACGGUUCUGUCGAGCUUAGUAUCCACUGUUGUGGAUCUACCAUGGUCACUCUACGACACUUUUGUCAUUGAGGAAAAGCAUGGUUUCAAUAAACAGACUCUCGGCUUCUACCUAAAAGACACCGUCAAAAAGUUGGUUGUUUCUUCCCUUCUUACGACACCAAUUGUCUACGGGUUGGAAUGGAUUGUUUUAUACGGAGGUGAAUAUUUCUUUGUCUAUACUUGGCUGUUUGUUUCUGUUAUCAUCUUCGUUCUUAUGACGAUCUAUCCUGCAUUCAUCGCUCCACUUUUCGAUAAGUAUAUCCCUCUACCUGAUGGACCUCUGAAAACAGCUAUUGAGCAACUGGCUGCUUCUGUGAGCUACCCAUUAACCAAGUUGUAUGUCGUUCAUGGUUCAAAGCGUUCAGCACACAGCAAUGCCUACAUGUACGGAUUCUGGAAAAACAAGCGUAUUGUCCUAUAUGACACCCUGUUGAGUGGUGAAGAAAAAGAAAAAGUUAUAAAGGAAUGUGCCGAAGCUGGUGAAGAAAAGCAAGAUGAAAAGGAAAAGGCCCGCGGCAUGUCUAAUGAUGAAGUUGUUGCCGUACUGGGACAUGAGUUAGGUCAUUGGGCUCUUUCCCAUACAGUGAUAAACCUUAUCAUCACCGAGUUGAACAUCUUCAUUAUGUUCUAUGCUUUCAGCUACUUAUACAAAUGGAAUAACUUAUACGAAUGCUUCGGAUUCACAGACACACCUGUUAUUAUAGGUUUCAUUCUAGUGUUCCAGUUUGUUAUGGCUCCUUAUCAUCAGAUCGACGGAUUUUUGAUGAAUAUGCAUUCCCGCCGCUGUGAAUUCCAAGCCGAUGAAUAUGCUAACCAAUUAGGAUUCGGACCUCAAUUAAUCACUGCUCUCAAGAAACUCAGCAAGGACAAUCUUUCCAUGCCCAUCGAUGACAUUUGGUAUUCCACUUUCAAUCACUCUCAUCCUCCAAUUAUCGAGAGAGUUCGGGCCAUAAACGAAUAUAAAGCAAAGGCCCAAUAA